UUGUGCAAUGGAGCUAAGCCGAGCGUGAAAAUAAAGCUAAUAUCAACAGAAUGGCAAGUAAUUCGGCGAAAACGACGAAUGGAACGUCGGAUGGUAAACAACGUCAUGUCAGUAAUAUCCAGAUCGGAGGCGGUGUCUCUCCCCCGAGGAAGCGAUCGUCCCAGUCCAUACAACUACCGACCACUUCAGCAUGGGGAGGAGAUGAACGCCAUUUCGAUGUGUCUAUAUCAGAAGAAAACACACAGACUGAAGCUGCUCAGACGAAACAGAAGAAUGGAGGGUCUGCAUUGGAAGAGCGUGAACUGGACCCCAAAUUCGGAACGACGACACUUUCGUCUGCGCAAGUCUCAGACCAACUGCUAAAAGUUCUAAAAGACUCCACUGUUGUCGGAGAAGAAGCGAGUAACGGCAAGGACACCGAUGACCGUCGAUCGUCAGGACGCCAUUCUACAGCUAGUGACCACUCGACAGAACAGUCGGACGAACCCUCUAGGUCUCACGAGUCCGGAGAUGUAUUUGUUCCUAGUAGUUGGACGUCUUUUGCCCAGAGUCUUUUUACAGUGAAGGGGUCAAGCAGUUACUGUUGUGCAGCCCUUCCCCAGCCUCUUCUUCCCAAGUACGAGAAAGCAGAUCACUUGGCCUCACUAGCUUCCUGGGUGACGAUCCUGAGAAUCAUGGGAGAUUUACCAGACUUAGACAUCAUAGACAAGAUAGAUGUCGCUGGGCAAUCAACACAACCUAGUGUCCAAGUUCGACAAUUCUAUCAUAGGAAAUACACAAAGAAAGAUGUUGAGGAUGCCCACAGGAAAUAUACAGAACUGUUUAAGAAUCCUGGGUUUACAGAAGCCAAAGGCCUGCCCUUUCUUAGCGACAAAUCAGUUUCAAUGCUUGAGAAAGUCCAAUUCAUUUGUGCACUGGGCAUUUACCAGCCCGACCUCAGAGAUGAGUUGUACUGCCAAGUUUGUAAGCAGCUUACGAACAACCCGUCCCGCAACAGCACAGUAAGGGGUUGGGUUCUUCUGUAUCUCAUGGCAGGAAGCUUCUCCCCAACAGAAAGGUUUUCACCAUGCUUCCUCCAGUUCCUUCAAGAAAGCAUGCCGGAGUAUGCAAAUCGUGUCGAGAGGAUACUGCGCCGGACAUUCAUCACAGGGACCAGGGCCUUCCCUCCUAGCUGGCUCGAGUUUCAGGCCGCGAAGAAUGGCAAACCAAUUCUACUGCCUGUAGCACUGAUGAAUGGAAACAGAAUGCUAGUGGAGGCGGAUUCGGUGACAACAGUUCAGGAAUUGAGUCGACAAAUCGGAAACAGAAUCAGUCUUCAGCAUCUAGAGGGAUUUUCUCUCUACAUAACACUUAUGCAGAGGAUCUCCUGUUUGGGUCACGGUUUGCAUCGCGUUAUGGACGCGGUGUCUGAGUGUGAACAACAUACUCGUCAGAUGGGGAUGAAGGAAAGUACAUCCACAUGGAGACUUUAUUUCCGGAAAGAAUACUUCACCCCGUGGCACGAGCAUAUUGAUGACCCUAUUGGUAUUGACCUCGUCUAUCAACAAGUGAUGAGGGGUGUGUCUGUUGGCGAAUAUAACUGUGACAAGGAAGAAGUUUUGGUCAUGAUGGCAGCUCAACGAUAUUUUGUAGAGCAUGGAAGUGACUUGAAUCCGGAGAAAAUUGAGACUUUUCUCGCGAGUUGGCUUCCAGAAGAACACAAACGCGAAAAAGACCAUGAUUCUUGGGUUGUGAAAGUGACAAAAGUGCUUGAAACAGACAUUUUGAAAAGCAAAAUAAAUGCCGACACCUUAAAGGCAGAUGUUGUGACAUUCGCCAAAAAUAAAUGGUUUUCCAUGUUUUCCCGCUUCUAUGAUGCCAGUAAAAUUCAAGGCCCUGAUACGUCGUGGUCACAAGUGAUUCUUGGCCUAAAUUUCAAAGGCGUUCAGGUGAUGGAUGAGAAAGAGAAUAUCAAAAUGCAGAUUCCAUUCAUGGAGGUUGCAGCAGUAUCUCGUAGCAGGCAUACUGCAACGAUUUCUACAGUAAAAUCCGAGGAAUAUGUUAUAUUUUCACUUCAUUCUGAGGAUCUCUAUCGUAUGUUGUCUGUGUUCCUUGAUGGGUUGAAGCGUAAAUCAAAAUACGGACUUGUGGUCCAGGACUGUUCACAAUACGAUGGUGCAAUAGGGCUCGGUGUACAAAAAGGUGACCUCAUCAAACUCGAUCAUCAGUACGAUCGCUUAAGAAAUGCAGAUGUUUUCAAGGGAACUUGUCAACGCACGGGAAAAGCCGAAACGAUGCCUCGGGACCUUCUAUACAUACUUCCUGUCAUUGAUCAACCUACAAAAGACAUGAUGGGAAUGGUGACUGUACAACUGAGAAAGGAAUUUAAUCCAUUUAUUACGCUGGUGAACACUGAAAACAGGAAGGAGGAGCACAACUUACUCAAUUUUUCAAAACACCACUUCCGAUCAUCAAACGAAAACAGGAUGUCAAAAAUUUUAUCUAAAGCGUCGUUCAAAAAAGACAAAUCCCCUCAACUGUGGCAAUUCAGCAAGGAACCGCUGAAGAAACCUCUGCUCAAGAAGACGUGUUACAGGGAGGAACUGAGACAGACAAGCUGCAAAUGCUUUCUGGCGAUCCAGCAGUUCAUGGGAGAUGCACCUAACAAGGACCACAUAUCGGACUUUGAGCUCGCAAAUGACUGCAUUCUCGAACCUUCUAUGAGAAGUAGGCACAUGAGGGAAGAGGCGUACUGCCAACUUAUAAAACAACUCACACAUAAUCCCGAUAAGUCUAGUGAAGAAAGAGGAUGGCAGUUGCUCGUUCAAAUGUCUUCCACCGUGAUCCCUGGGAGUGAUCUGGUUGAGGAAUGUGAGCUCUUCAUGAAAGGAAGUUCUCAUAGAAUGGCCGCACCAUGCCUUGAUCGGUUUCAGACAACGAAACGUGACGGAUUUAGACAAUACCCACCUCACCAAAAAGAGUAUGAACUACUCAGGUCACAAGAGAGAACAAUCAAAUUUGAUGUCGUCUUGCCGUUUAAUGAACGACAGACAGUAGAAGUGGAGAACACCAGUCGAGUAUUUAACAUCAAACAACAGCUCCUGACGAAGUUCGACCUACUCGACUCGGCGAUGGAAUACGGCUUAUUCUUCGCUCUUCGAGAUAGAGGUCCACAAUAUUCAUCUACCAAUUCCAAAACGACCUCGGAUCCCAAACAUGGGUCGGAAUUCAAAAUAACAGUGUUAAGUGCCAAUGAUGGCGACUAUUUUAUGGAUGCUCUGUGCCACGUGGAACGAUUCUGGACAAAGCUUUCACACUCGGGGAGAGCUAGUCAAUCAGAAGCGGGACCUCCACCAGCGCCACAUGUGUUUUUUAUGAAGAAAAUAUGGGUAAAUGCCGAACCUGGUCAAAACAGACAUGCAGACUCAAUAUUCCAUUUUCCGCAGGAAUUGCCAAAUUACCUUCGCGGUUUCCACAAAUUCUCCAAUGUCGACCUAGCCAAGAUGGCCGCCUUCAUUUACCGGGGUCAGUUUGGGGAUGAUAUGGCAGGGAUGAUCAAUUUCCACGAAAACAUUAAUGCUCUGAUCCCUCGGACCCAUGCCAAAACCAAAUCAGUCGAGGAGUGGCGAAAGGCCGUACAGACCAAUCUACAGCUGACCAAGGCACUUUCUCCAGACAAGGCCAAGGUAGAAUUCCUGAAAACCAUUUGGACAUGGCCAACGUAUGGGAGUGUCUUCUUUGAAGUCAAGCAAAGGAUGAUGAAAAAUAUGCCAAAGUAUUUAUUGCUUGCUGUCAAUCCAAAUGGCGUGUUAUUACUAGAUCCGGAUUCCAAGGAUAUUUUGGCUAGUUAUGAUUACGGCAAAAUUCCAAACUGGGCCUACGACGAAUAUUCCUUUACGCUUGUGGUUGGUGAAUCGUCAAAUGCUACAAAAAUCUUCUUUGAGACAAGUGUGGGACACAACAUUGACGACAUUGUAAUGUCAUAUGUAGCAUGGACAAUGAAUACGCACAUCAGGAAACGUCCCAAAUACGCUGGUGUGACCGUCGGUGAAUCAAGCUGCUAA